UUUCUGUUCCAGCUGCUGGAGGAGAGCAUUACUUUCCUCAAGACUGAGCUGAAGAAGUUCCACCAGAGUCUGAGUGAUGAGGAUGAAGAGCAGAGGAGGAGCUCCGAGGCUUUUCUGAAGAUCACACUGAACUUCCUGAGGAGGAUGAAGCAGGAGGAGCUGGCUGAGCGUCUGCAAAGAAGUCGGUCUGGAGUUCAGCAUGAACUGAAACGUAACCUGAAGCAGAAGUUUGAGUGUGUGUUUGAGGGCAUCGCUAAAGCAGGAAACCCAACCCUCCUGAACCAGAUCUACACACAGCUCUACAUCACAGAGGGAGGGGCUACAGAGGUCAGCCAGGAACAUGAGGUCAGACAGAUUGAAACAGCAUCCAGGAACCCACACAGACCACCAACAACCAUCACAUGUGAAGACAUCUUUAAAAGACCACCUGACAGACAUGAACCAAUCAGAACAGUGCUGACAAAGGGCGUGGCCGGCAUCGGGAAAACAGUCUUAACACAGAAGUUCAGUCUGGACUGGGCUGAAGACAAAGCCAACCAGGACAUCCACUUCAUAUUUCCAUUCACCUUCAGAGAGCUGAAUGUGCUGAAAGAGGAGAAGUUCAGUUUGGUGGAACUCAUUCAUCACUUCUUCACUGAAACCAAAGAAGCAGGAAUCUGGAUCUCUGAAGACCUCCAGGUGGUGUUCAUCUUAGAUGGUCUGGAUGAGUGUCGACCUCCUCUGGACUUCAACAACACUCAGAUCCUGACUGAUGUUACAAAGUCCACCUCAGUGGAUGUGCUGCUGAUGAACCUCAUCAGGGGGAACCUGCUUCGCUCUGCUCGCCUCUGGAUAACCACACGACCUGCAGCAGCCAAUCAGAUCCCUGCUCAGUGUGUUCAUAGGGUGACAGAGGUCAGAGGGUUCACUGACCCCCAGAAGGAGGAGUACUUCAGGAAGAGGUUCACAGAUGAAGAACAGAGCAACACAAUCAUCUCCCACAUCAAGACGUCACGAAGCGUCCACAUCAUGUGUUACAUCCCAGUCUUCUGUUGGAUCACUGCUACAGUUCUGGAGGACGUGUUGAAGACCACAGAGGGAGGAGAACUGCCCAAGACCCUGACUGAGAUGUACAUCUACUUCCUGGUGGUUCAGGCCAAACUGAAGACCGUCAAAUAUGAUGGAAGAUCUGAGACAGAUCCAGCCUGGAGUCCAGAGACCAGGAAGAUGAUUGAGUCUCUGGGAAAACUGGCCUUUAAGCAGCUGAAGAAAGGAAACCUGAUCUUCUAUGAAAAAGACCUGACAGAGUGUGGCAUCGAUAUCAGCUCAGCCUCAGUGUACUCAGGAGUGUUCACACAGGUCUUUAAAGAGGAGAGAGGAGCACGCCAGGUCAAGAUGUUCUGCUUCAUCCAUCUGAGUGUCCUGGAGUUUCUGGCUGCUCUUCAUGUCCAUCAGACCUUCAUCAACACUGGAGUCAAUCUGCUGUCAGGUCUCCUAUCUUCUGUUUGGUCUAAACUAUUUAAGGAUAAAACUGUAAAGUUCUACCAGACCGCUGUGGACCAGGCCUUACAGAGUCCAAAUGGACACCUGGACCUGUUCCUGCGCUUCCUCCUGGGUCUAUCACUGCAGACCAAUCAGAGUCUCCUACAAGAUCUGAUGGAACAGACAGGAAGUAGCUCAGAGACAAAGAAGAAGACAGUUGAGUACAUCAAGAAGAAGAUCAAUGAGAAUCUGUCUGUAGAGAAAAGCAUCAACCUGUUCCACUGUCUGAAUGAACUGGAGGAUCGAUCUCUGGUGGAUCAGAUCCAAGAGUACCUGACAGAUGGACGUCUCUCCAGGUCUGUUCUGUCUCCUGCUCAGUGGUCAGCUCUGGUCUUCAUGUUACUGUCAUCAGAUAAAGAUCUGGAUGAGUUUGACCUGAACAAAUACUCUGGUUCAGAGGAGGCUCUGCUGAAUUUGCUGCCAGUCGUCAAAGCCUCCAACAAAGCUGUACUGAGUUACUGUAACCUGUCAGAGAGAAGCUGUGAAGGUCUGUCCUCAGUUCUCAGAUCCCAGUCCUCUAGUCUAACACAUCUGGACCUCAGCCACAAUGACCUGAAGGAUUCAGGACUGAAGAUCCUGUCAGAUGGACUAAGGAGUCCAGACUGUAAACUGGAGACUCUCAGAUUAUCAAUGUGUCUGAUCACAGAGGAAGGAUGUUCUUCUCUGGUCUCAGCCCUACAGUCCAAUCCGUCCCAUCUCAGACUGCUAGACCUGAGCUACAACCAUCCAGGAGCCUCAGGACAGGAGCUGUGUGCUCUAGUGGAGGAUCCACACUGGACACUGGACACUGUCAGAUUUCUGUGAACUUAGCCUGGAUCCAAACACAGCGAACAGAAACCUCAAACUGUCUGAAAACAACAAGAAGGUGGAGCAUGUGGAGGAGGUUCAGCCAUACCCUGAUCAUCAGGACCGGUUCGAGCCGUGGGAAGAG